GGCCGGAGCGGCUGGAGAUGGCUGUGAGUGUUUCGGUAAUGCGGGUGAAACGACAUACCACGACAUCCAGCUUUGUUAUAGAUGGAGUCAUCACCCUCCCAAUCGCUCUCUACGGCUUCCUUGUGUUCCCCGAUGUCCCCGCCACUACGAAAGCUUUCUAUCUAACUGAGGAGCAGGAACGGCUCUUAUUAUAUGAGCGGUUGAAAAGCGACCAUGACGUAGAUCGGCACCCACUGUCCUGGGGCCUAGUCAAGAAAGUACUUGGGCAUUGGCGUUGGUAUGCAUGCAGUCUGCUGUUCGCUGUGUCAGGAGAAACCGAAAGUUUCUCCUCGAAUAAUCUCAUGGGCCAAUGGCUAUCCUUAAUCGGCGAUUAUUCCGUCGAGCAAGUCGAUUACUACCCCUCGGGUGUGACGGCUUUCGGUAUCGCUUCGACAUUGAUAUGUGCGACCUGGACGGAUUACGCUCGCGUACGAUGGCCCGUGCUCUUGUACAUGUCUUUCUGCUGCACUGCCGCUGCCGUAUGCAUCCUGAUUUGGGCCAGUCCUACCGCGGUUAAGUCCUUAGCAUACUAUCUUGCCGGUGCUUCAUAUUCAGGUCAGGCGACUACUUUUGCGUGGGCGAACCAAAUAUGCGCAGAUGAUAAUCAAGAACGAGCUGUGGUACUCGCGUCCAUGACAUGUGGAACAAUGUGAUAAACGCAUGGUGGCCGCUGGUGUUCUAUCCUGCAACAGAUGCCCCGCGGUUCAAGACAGGGAUGAUCACGAUGAUAUGUACAUGUAUUGCUACUGUGAUCGUUACUUUUCCGGUGCGGUAUCUCGAGCAGAGAGAACAGCGCUCGGCACACGCCUUAGUU